GCGGGCUGCAGGCAGGAGACAGCACACCCCGGUUUGCUGCCCCUGCUCAAGACUAGCUGGCUUCUCAGCCCGGGCCCCACCUUUAGCAUCGGUCUUCCUGCGCCUGGACCUAGACCCAGGCCUUCCGCUCGCCAGGACCACAGGCGCGUGAGCAUAAGCCCCCGACACUAGGCGUCCCUUCACAAUUCAGCUCGCUGCUCCCAGAGCCGCAUGGGAAAUGGUCCUAUAAAACCGGUUGGUGGCCCAAGGCCCAUCCUCACAACCCAGCUGUUCCACGGCCCAAAAAAGAGAAGCACCUUUCCAGGAGCCAGCAGGGAGGAGGACGUGGCUCCUCAACUGAGGGUCCUGUCAUGUGCCACGUGCCCCCACUCUAGCAAGCUCCAAGACCCACCCUCAGCCACCGGGGCAGCGGCUACACAAAGCUGUGCUCGCGUUUUCCUGUGGCGGUUGGGUCCCGGGAUGGGGACCACAGCACGGGUUCCAGGGACAGGACUAGACUUCAUGUGGGGUCACACAAGGACACUGCACCUAGUCUUGGGGGCACAAGCCUCACACUCUGGACUCAGCUCUUGGAUGUUCCUGAGGAGAGCCCGCGCGGACAAGCAGAAUCGCCUUCCCAGAGCCUGUGCCCCUUCCAGCCUGGGCUUGGCUACCUGGGCCCGGGGCCUCCCACCGUCAUGUCCCCAAGCCCACACCCCAGGAGGCACAUCCCAUCCGGGCUGGACUAUUCGGAGGCCCCGCUGGAGACCGCAGCUUCGCGGUCCGCGGCCGGUCCCCCGGGAGAUGGCCCCGGGGGCGCCCACGCUGCUGCUGCUGUGGCUGCUGUGGCUCCCCGGCUGCCCGCCCCGCGCUGCCGCCUGCCCGGCCGCCUGCCGCUGCUACAGCGCCACGGUGGAGUGCGGCGCCCUGCGGCUGCGCGGCGUCCCGCCUGGAAUCCCACCCGGGACGCAGACGCUGUUCCUGCAGGACAACAGUAUCGCGCGCCUGGACCCAGGCGUCCUGGCGCCUCUCGCCGCCCUGCGCCGCCUCUACCUGCACAACAACAGCCUGCGCGCCCUGGAGCCCGGCGCCUUCCGCGCGCAGUCCCGCCUGCUGGAGCUGGCGCUCACCGGGAACCGGCUGCGCGGCCUGCGAGUCGGCGCCUUCGCGGGCCUGGCUCAGCUGCGUGCGCUCUACCUGGCGGGUAACCAGCUGGGGCAGCUGCUGGACUUCACCUUCCUGCACCUGCCGCGACUGCAGGAGCUGCACCUGCAGGACAACAGCAUUGAGCUGCUGGAGGACCAAGCCCUGGCGGGGCUCUCCUCACUGGCGCUGCUGGACCUCAGCAGGAACCACCUGGGCACCCUCAGCCGCGAGGCCCUCCGGCCCCUGGCCAGCCUGCAGGUCCUGCGCCUCACAGAGAACCCCUGGCGCUGCGACUGCGCCCUGCACUGGCUGGGAGCCUGGAUCAAGGAGGGCGGCCAGCGGCUGCUCAGCUCCAGGGACAAGAAGAUCGUGUGCGCCGAGCCCCCGCGCCUGGCGCUGCAGAGCCUCCUGGACGUUUCCGGCAGCAGCCUCAUCUGCAUCCCGCCCUCGGUGCACGUGGAGCCGCUCGAGGUGACGGCCAACCUGGGCGAGGACCUGCGGGUGGCCUGCCAGGCUUCGGGCUACCCGCAGCCCCUGGUCACCUGGAGAAAGGUGGCGCAGCCGCGCGACGGGCAGAUGCGAGGGCAGGCGCAGGCGGAGGGCGGGGCGUCGCGCCCCGGGGGCCCCGGCGGCCCCGGCGGCCCCGACACGGGCAGCGGCAUGCUGUUCCUCAGCAACAUCACGCUGGCCCACGCCGGCAAAUACGAGUGCGAGGCCUCCAACGCCGGCGGCGCCGCCCGCGUGCCCUUCCAGCUCCUGGUCAACCUGUCCCGGCCGCAGCCGCCGCAGCCCGCGCCGCCGCCGCCCCUGCCCGCCGGGCCCGUCAGCCACCAGCCGCUGCAGGAGACGGGCAGCAUGGCCUUCCGCGCCCUGGGCCUAGCCACGCAGACGGCCGUGGCGGCCGCCAUCGCGCUGCUGGCGCUCACGGCGCUGCUCCUGGCCGCCAUGAUCUGCCGCCGGCGCCGCAAGCGGAAAAAGGCGCCGGGGCCGCCGGGCGAGGGCGCGCUCUUCGUCAACGACUACUCGGACGGGCCGUGCACCUUCGCGCAGCUCGAGGAGCUCCGCGACGAGCGAGGCCACGAAAUGUUCGUCAUCGACCGCUCCAAGCCGCUCUUCGCCGACGCCCCGACGGAGGCGGCCGGCGGCACGGGGCCUGGGCUCCCGCUACAGCCGCCCACAGCCUACGAGAUCCACUGCUGAGCGGCCGGGCCGAGGGGCGGGCGGGCGCUGAUGACGUAAGCCGCGCGGAUUGGUCGGCCGGCGGGCUCGGCCCGCGCAUGCUCCGGCGCGCUCAGUAAAGGGUCGAAGCUG